CCGCUUAGCUAGGGCUUUUUCAUAGUAAUUGUCUGUCCUGCGAAGCCGCAGCUCUCAACCUCUCAAGAAGACCUGCGCCAUGGGGAGAAGACCUGCGAGGUGUUACCGUCAGAUUAAAAACAAACCCUAUCCAAAGUCAAGGUACUGCCGAGGUGUUCCAGAUCCAAAGAUCAGGAUCUAUGAUGUUGGCAUGAAGAAGAAGGGAGUUGAUGAGUUCCCAUUCUGUGUCCAUUUGGUUAGUUGGGAAAAGGAGAAUGUCUCCAGUGAAGCACUUGAGGCUGCUCGUAUUGCUUGCAACAAGUACAUGACUAAGUAUGCUGGGAAGGACGCAUUCCAUUUGAGGGUCAGAGUUCAUCCUUUCCAUGUCCUGCGUAUUAACAAGAUGUUGUCAUGUGCUGGAGCUGAUAGGCUUCAAACUGGUAUGAGGGGUGCUUUUGGGAAGCCACAAGGAACAUGUGCUCGUGUUGCUAUUGGUCAGGUACUUCUCUCUGUACGCUGUAAGGAUGCUAACAGCCACCACGCUCAAGAGGCUUUGCGCCGUGCCAAGUUCAAGUUUCCUGGUCGCCAAAAGAUCAUUGUUAGCAGGAAGUGGGGAUUCACCAAGUUCAGCCGCACAGACUAUGUCAAAUGGAAGCAAGAGAAUCGUAUUCUUCCAGAUGGUGUUAAUGCCAAGCUUCUUGGUUGCCAUGGACCAUUGGCGAACCGUCAACCUGGAAGAGCGUUUUUAGAAGCAACUUCUUAGUUUACUUCAUUAGCAUUUUGUCACUAGUACUGUUGGAUGAUGUGGGGCUUUUUUAUAAUUUAGUCGCUUUGCUUGAAACUGUUAUUUACAGCGUGUUUUAAAACCCUUGGUUUGAAUUUUAUCGUACACUUCAAUGUCAGCUCUCUUUCCGGUUAAAUUUUGAGUUUUAAAUGUUAUUUA